AUGCCUCUAAGAAAGCUAGCCAUGAAGAGACGUGUAUAUCGUGGCCCAGAGACAGAGCGAAAGUUAGCUUUCAUGCUUGCCCAUCAAUUGCAUCUUCAGGAUACACAGCGACAACGACCUUUCCCUGAGACACCUUUGGGUAGACUUCCUGGGGAGAUUCGUGAACUGAUCUACGAACACGUCCUAGUGGCUCCACCAUCACAGUCGACGAAAUAUCUUCGCGUCCCUCUCAUCGCAGCCACAAACUCGGAUAUGACUUUGGCUAACGGGGCUCCCAUAACCACGAACUCCAAGGCCACCUCUGCAGAAUCUCCACAACUUGCUUUAGUAAAACACCCCGGGUCUGCUAAGGUUUCGUACCUUGCUGUUCUACAAACUUGUCGUCAAAUAAACCGCGAAGCCUAUCAUAUCUUCUACGCCAAAAACUCCUUCCACUUUACAAACGCACCAGAUCUGCUUGCUUUUCUCUUCGGCAUUGGACAAGUGCGGCGAGCAGAACUCACGUCUCUCCAUAUUGAGGGUCUGGUGGUAGACCAACCUUUCUGGUACAUGUCUUUCCUCGACCGCUAUUGCAUUCACCAUAACAUCUGUACGGCUGAGCGAGGGAGACUUGAAGCUUUGCGGUGGCCAGGUCUACACCCAGACGUCUACAAAGCCUCAAUAGCACUGGAAGGCUGCAAGAACCUUUCCAAACUGAUUCUUGAGCUGCCCGCAGAGGAGAGAUUCAAAUACAUCCUGUUUCUGAUAUACGAUCUCGGAUUGAGCAGACCUGUAGCUUAUGUGGUUGACGAAUCUCAUUGGGUUAUUAAGGCGCGUCGCGAUGGGAAUAUUCCGCCUCGCCAACCUUUGGAGGACUUUAAAAAGUGGACAAAUUAUAAAGCAUGCCAUCCGAACUGUGUGACAGGAAAGAAGCUCAGGGUCGAGGUAGAGAUCAUCAGGGAUUCGGAACAAGAGUUGAGGAAAGGAUUCGAGGUAGCAAUAGGCUGA